AUGUUAUUUGAAUAUUUAAUAUUUUUGCUUUGUGUGCUUACGCAAAUUUAUUGCUGUAACGGUGUAAUCAAACCAGCACUAGAAGAUGCGAAAAGAACUGAUGGUGCCCAAAGACGUUAUCGCCGUGCAUCAAUACCACAAUUUAUUGUGCGCAGCCAGGCCGAUGACUUCACGGACGCCGACGAAUUAAUAAUCUUUAACCAAACACUUCAAGGCAGUCCAACUGACAGAAUCAUAUCAUCUCAACAACUCUAUGGCCUUCCAAAUAAUCAAAAUUAUCAGCAACAAUCCCAAGCUAAUAGUUUGCAAAUGCCACGAGGCAAUCAGCAAGCUCACAAUUCAAGAAAACUGAAUAUGAAUGGACAUUACAAUAGCAACAAAAAUUUGUACGAUAAUAACAAUGUUUUCAAUGGAAAUAAUGUGAAGCAUGAAAAAAAUAAAAUAUUACAACAACAUACUGUCCAAGUUGUCAAUAUGUUAAAGCAUAAUCGCAAUAAUGGCAAUUUUAAACAUCAUAACUCUUAUCAAGAGAUUGAUUUUAAUAAUGGAAACACUCGGAAUAGUGCAAUUUUGAAUACUAAUAUCGAAAUACAAGCCAAGCCCACCAAUACAGUACCGAUGUUCAGACCAGCAGUAAGAGUGGACACAAUGCAUACACCAACAACCACAUCUAUAACGCCGGCUUAUGUUACUCAGCCACAAAAUCACUUACUUAAUCCACAAAAUAUUAAACCCAACAACAAUUUACUAACAGAGAUCAUUGCAAAUCCGGUACCAACCACAAUCAAAGCACCAUCAUCAAGUGAAUAUAAUAGAAGUCAAUUUAGAAGAGAUAUUCCCAAUAACCCAUUUCUCAAUAAGCAUAUGCCUCAAAAUUUACAAAACCCAUUUUUAGCAAAUUCACAAACUAAUGGGAAUUCACAAUCUUAUUUAAAUAAUCAAUCAACACAAAAUACUGUGGCUCCGAAGCCCACUCCUCAGAAUCCAUACAUGUCAAAUCCAUUUCUGCAAAAUACUAAAAUGCCAAAUCUCUCAGGCCAGUCGCAGCCAACAAAACUUCCAGCAACAAAUCUUAUGCAGCCCCAAAUUCAAACUUCUUCGCAAAAUUCGGCUCAUUUAAUGAAUGUUCCAAAGCCUGGGAUUAUUUCGUCGACACCACCCAGCACGAUAAUGAGCGCAGAAUUGAAUCGACUUAUUCAAAAUAAAGCGGUCAUAUUUCCAGAUUCGAUAUACCUCACACAAAGCACUCCGAGCUCACAGCACAUGCUAGACAUAAGACGUUAG